AUGGCCACUGCCUUCCUGCUCCUCGCAGGGCUCCUGCUCCCCUGCUGGGGCGGGCUUGUGCAGGAUAAGAAGAAAACCGGGGACAAGUGCUCCCACCACUCUGAGUGCUACACUGACUGCUGCCUCAUGGACCUGCAGGCUGGUGGAGCCUUCUGUGCCCCCAAGGCCAGGACAACUAUGGCCUGUUUGCCCCAGACCAAGGGAGCCAUCAACAUCAUCUGCCCAUGCCUCCUGGGCUUGAAUUGCAUAUCCAAGGACCUGAUGUGUCCCCGUCGGUGCCAUAUGUUUUAG